CAAGAGGCCCCUCGCCUGCCUCGCCUGCCUCGCCCCUCCUGCUGCUCAGUACAGCUGUGGCUCAGACCCCCGACCAGCUGGAGAUCUCAAGCUCUGCCGGAGAGCCGUGAAAAGCUCCUCUCCUCCUCGCCGACGACCUCAUCGAGCCGAGCGCAGGGACAGCAAACUCCCUCCCCAGCAUGGCUCUGGCCCCGCGGGCCCCGGCGCUUCUUCCUCUGGCACUGGCGCUCGCCCUGCUGGGCCUGUCCCCGGCGCCCGCCUCGGGGGGCUGCCCGGCGGCGUGCCGGUGCUCUUUCGCCAUGCUGCAGUGCCUGGAGCCCGACGGCAUCGCCGGCGUCCCGCCACUGGCCCCGCAGGAGAGCGAGAAUGUGACGGAGAUUUACAUAGAAAACCAAGCCGCCCUGGAGAACAUAACGGACAUUGAUCUCGUCAACUACAGGGAGCUGAAGAACCUCACCGUCACGCUGUGUAAGCUGAGGCUCAUCUCCGCCAACGCCUUCCAACACAACCUCAAGCUGCAGUACGUGAACCUGGCAUCAAACUCCCUGGAACACAUCUCUUGGAGGGUGUUUCAUUUUCUGCCACUGCUCAACCUGGUUUUGAGGGAGAACCCUCUGGUUUGCUCAUGUGACCUCCACUGGCUGCAGCAGUGGCAGUGGAAGGAACGCGGCGUCGUGGACACGCCGCUGUUGUCUUGUUUCUCCGAUGGUCGAGAAGUACUCCUCAACUCCUUGGUGAUAGACAACUGCAGUCUGCCCGAGGUGACCAUCGUCUCCUUCAAAGAUACCAAGAUUCAAGAAGGGGGCAACCUGACGUUCGCGUGUCAAGUGACGGGAAGUCCGACUCCCAAUGUGAGGUGGAGAACCGAUGCGCUCCACUCGCGCUUCUCCACCCAGGAGAGAAUCUGGGGCUCCACUUUAGAGCUGGUCCUGUUCCUCAGCAACGCCUCGUCCAACGACAACCUGCACAACCUGACCUGCGAGGCGGAGAACCAAGCCGGACCCGGGGGGGACACGGUGCAAUUGGACAUUGAGUUUCCCGUCAGAAUCAUCUCCCUGGAGAACGCCGUGCCGCAGCACCACUGGUGCUUCCCCUUCCAAGUCGACGGCAACCCCGACCCCCAGAUCUCCUGGCGCUACAACGGCGCCGACCUCAAGGAGACCCGGUUCACGUACACGCAGUUCAUCCCCGACGCGGGCGACGGGUCGAGGAAGCACGGGUGCCUCUUCCUCAACAAGCCCACGCACAUCAACAACGGCCAGUACACCCUGAUCGCGCAGAACCGCCUGGGGAGGGACGAGGCCACGGCCUACGGGAUGUUCAUGGUCAACCCGUUCGACCCCUCUGACCCGGAGGGGAUAUUUCCAGUCUCCGACGUGGAUCCAAUUCCUACAAACAAAUCCAACAUGGACGUCACAGAGAACCCGGAGAGUCGCACGUUUGUGGUGUUCGUGGCCGUGGGUCUCGGUGUGUUCGCCUGCACGUUCCUCCUGGUCACCAUCCUGGUCAUUAACAAGUGUGACCAGCAUUCCAAGUUUGGUAUCCACCGGUCAUCGGUUUUGGGAGCGGAGGACGACCUGGCCGUGUCGCUUCGUUUCAUGAACUUCGGAACCAGCCCGCCGUCCUCGGAUGAAGACUCGGGUUUGUCCAGCUUCGUGGAGAACCCACAGUACUUCUGCGGCAUCAUCAAGGAGAAAGACAUGUGUGUCCAGAACAUCAAAAGGCAGGACAUUGUGCUGAAGUGGGAGCUGGGGGAAGGCGCCUUUGGCAAAGUCUACCUGGCCGAGUGUUCCAACCUCAGCCCCGACAGCGCCAAGAUGCUGGUCGCCAUCAAGACGCUAAAGGACGCCAACGAGUCGACCCGGCAGGACUUCCAGAGGGAGGCGGAGCUGCUGACGGUGCUCCAGCACCAGCACAUCGUGCGGUUCUACGGCGUGUGCACGGACGGCGAGCCGCUGGCCAUGGUGUUCGAGUACAUGAGGCACGGAGACCUCAACCGCUUCCUCAGAGCUCACGGCCCUGACGCCCGUAUCCUGGAGGAGACCAAGAUGCCCCCCCUGGGUCAGCUCACUCUACCUCAGAUGCUGCACAUCGCCGCGCAGAUCGCCUCGGGCAUGGUCUACCUGGCCUCGCUGCACUUCGUGCACCGCGACCUGGCGACCCGCAACUGCCUGGUGGGGGAGGGCAUGGUGGUCAAGAUCGGAGACUUCGGAAUGUCCCGAGACAUCUACAGCACGGACUACUACCGGGUGGGCGGACGUACGAUGCUGCCCAUCCGCUGGAUGCCCCCAGAGAGCAUCAUGUACAGGAAGUUCACCACGGAGAGCGACAUCUGGAGCUUCGGCGUGGUCCUCUGGGAGAUCUUCACCUGCGGCAAGCAGCCCUGGUACCAGCUGUCCAACAGCGAGGCCAUCGAAUGCAUCACGCAGGGGCGGGAGCUGGAGAGGCCGCGCACCUGCCCGAAGGAGGUGCACCUGCUGAUGCAGGGCUGCUGGCAGAGGGAGCCCCAGCAGAGGAUGGUCAUCAAGGACCUCCACGGCCGCCUGCUGGCCCUGGUCAAGAACCCGCCCGUCUACCUGGACAUCCUGGGCUGAGGAGGCCGAGAGGGGGAGGGAGGGAGGGGGGGGGGGAGAAUGAAUGUUGCUUUGGUUCCAUUACUCCAAUCGGGGCUGAUUGCUUUAACGCGGUUCUUUCUGGUCUGAGAUUAGAAAAAGCCAACCAGCCUCGGCUUCAGGUUUGGCCUCAUCGCUGAUUGACCCCCCACGAUUGAUUUCCCCCCCCCACCCCCCCCCCUCUCCCUCCGGGA